AAUGAAGCUGUGAAUGAGUGUUUCUUUGAUCAGAUAUAUUCAUGGUGUAUUUCUCUUUCAUGUUUUUUAUUGCACAGUUAACAAAUUUAAAGCCUUUGUCCAUAGAAUAUAAGUACGGUAAACAUGAGUGCCGAAGCUGCAGACAGAGAGGCAGUAAGCGGCAGUCGGCCAAACACGCCACCGCAGACCUCCUGGUUCGAAUUUAUUCUGGAUCCCUCAUUAAUAGAGCAGCAUUUGGAGAAAGCAAACCCUGACCCUUCUGCGGUACAUCUUGUAAUCCAGUUCCUAGAACAAGCCUCCAAGCCUUCGGUUAACGAACAAAACCAGGUCCAGCCGCCUGUGGACAACCGACGAAACCGAACUCUGAAACUGCUCGCUCUCAAGGUUGCCGCACAUCUGAGAUGGGAUUUGGACGUGCUGGAGAAAGGCUUGACCACUCCGGUGCUCAACAUGCUGCUGAAUGAACUACUGUGUGUGAGUAGAGUGCCUCCUGGGGUCAAACACGUGGACCUGGACCUGCCCACUCUGCCUCCCACCACUGCCAUGGCAGUUCUGAUCUACAAUCGCUGGGCAAUUCGUACUAUAGUGUUGAGCAGUUUUCCUGAGAAACAAGCCAAGCCCGGACCCCAUCAGCUCAACAUGAUGAAUCUUGUUCAACAGGAGAAGGAAUUGACAGACAACAUACUGAGUGUGCUGAAAGAACAGGCGACAGACUCUAUAAUGGUGCUGGAGGGAGCCCUGAACAUCAAGAAGGAUUUUUAUGUCCACACUCUGCGCACCCUGGACCUGUUGGCUGCUGAUCCGAGUGCAGCCAACGGAGAGACGGAAUCGUCCACCGCUGGCCUCAGGAUUAGCGCGGACGAGCUCCACUGUCAGGUUCGUUAUGAUUUAGGAGGAAUUUACUUUCAGCAAGGCUGUUCCGAUCCCUCGGCCUAUGUGAAAGCCCAGGAGCACUUCCGCAAAACAAGGGAACUGCUGGCAAAGCUGAACUCGGAGCCGUUGCAUUGUCACCUGGAUGAGAAGCGGCUGGCCGGCUACUGGACAGCAUGCAGGGCCCUUACUGGGUCCUCGGAUCCCAGUGACAGCCAGCUCACCCCUUAUGGCCUCAUUAACAACUUGAUCAGGACCCACAACUACCAGGCUUUGAUCGAGGCCUUUAUCAAAGACAACGUCACACGAACCCUCCCCAACAGCUUCCGGCACUCCGUGCAACUGGAGCUUUCUCAUAGAGUUCAGCAGGGGGACAAGGCUCUGGAGGAGGUGUGCCACAAACUGUGCAUUUGCAACGCAGUGCGGGACGCCCUGGAGGGCCAGGUGCUCAGCAUGCGCUUCCAGCAGCUGCUGCUGAGGCCCAGCAAAAGGACCAUUGCCUUCCUGCUGGAGGUAUGUUUGAGGUCACUGGAUAAGGAGCAUACUUCAGAGGCAUCCAGAAGGAAAAUGGCCUUGUUCCUCAAGAGCCUUUGCGAAAGGCUGGAGGAGGUGCCACUGGCCUACAUGGUGUCAUCCCACAAGCUCUUCAUGGAGCUGCUCCAGGAUGAAGAGAAGAAGACCUUGCUGGACCAGAUGAGGAAGCGGUCAGCCACGGUGAAUCUCAGCGCUAAGCCGCUGCCCUCUUUUUACGACAUCCCAGCGUCUGCAAGUGUGAACGUCGGCCAGCUGGAACAACAGCUCAUUCUCUCGCUGGACACCCGGCAAAUUCGACAGAUCCUCAUUGAGCUCCACGGCAUGGCCGAGCGCGCCUUCUGGAGGGUCAACAGCAAGUGGGAAGUUCCAGCAAACUACAUAAACGUCAUACUGGCCAUUAAGGACAACCUCACACGGGACCUUGUCUACAUCCUUAUGGCCAAGGGUCUUCACUGUGUAACAAUAAAGGACUUUGCUCACGGGCGACAGCUGUUCUCCGCCUGCCUGGAGCUGGUGACGGAGUUCUCGCCGAAACUACGUCAGGUGAUGCUCAACGAGACACUGCUGCUGGAGGUGCGGGCGCACGAGGCCGCUGCAGCUGAGGGCAACGCGGAGAGACCCCCUCCGGACCUGGUCAGCAGGGUGCGCGGCUAUCUGGAGAUGAGGAUCCAUGAUAUCCCACUCAGGCAGGUUGUCGGGGAGGAAUGUGUGGCCUUCAUGUUGAACUGGAGAGAGAAUGAUUACUUAACGCUGCAGGCGCCUCAGUCGCUGGUGAAUAACAACCCUUACAUUAAGCUGGGCCAGUUGCUGGCCUCCACAUGCAAGGAGCUCCCAGGUCCUAAAGAGAGCCGGCGCACAGCUAAAGAGUUGUGGGACACAGUGGUGCAAAUCUGCAGCGUCUCUAGCCAACACAAGCGGGCCAGCGAUGGCCGCGUCAGCCUCAUCAAACAGAGGGAGGCCUCACUCGGCGUUCUGCCCAGGAGUAAAUUCAUUACAUUUGUCAAAAAACUGAGGGAGCCGCUGGUGCUGACUACACUCAUCUCCCUCUUUGUAAGGUUGCACAGUAUCGUACGGGAUGACAUUGUGAACGAAGUCACAGCAGAGCACCUGUCCAUAUGGCCCACCUCCCUGAGCAACAUGCAGUCUGUGGACGUGGAAGCUGUUGUUGUGACGAUGAAGGAGCUAGUUACGUACGCCCUCAGCCUCAACCCCAACAACCAGUCCUGGCUCAUCACCCAGGCUGACAUAUAUUUUGUCACCAACCAGUAUUCUGCUGCCAUGCACCACUACCUGCAGGCGGGUACGGUGUGCUCCGAUUACUUCACCAAGCCUGUUCCCCCAGAUGUCUACACUGACCAGGUUCUGAAGAGAAUGAUCAAGUGUUGCUCUCUGCUGAACUGCCAUACCCAGGUUGCUGUCCUUUGCCAGUUUCUAAGGGAAGUGGACUAUAUGACUGCUUUUAAAGCUCUGCAAGAGCAGAACAGUCACGAUGCCAUGGACUCAUUCUACGACUACAUCUGGGAUGUGACCAUUCUGGAGUACUUGACACACAUUCAUCACAAACGUGGCGAGAUUGAGAAAAGGCAAGUUGCUAUCAAAGCUAUUGGGCAGACGGAGCUAAACUCUAGCAACCCUGAGGAGGUCCUGCAGCUUGCAGCUCAGAAGAGAAAGAAGAAAUUUCUUCAAGCCAUGGCAAAACUUUACUUUUAAAGUAAAAUCUCACAUGCACAAAAAAAAAAACCAAAACCCAUUUCAUUUUUUUUGUUUGUUUUUUUUACAUACCAAAAUAAAUACA